AUGACUAGUGGGAAUCUGUUAUUUGUAGAAGACGAUGAGGAUAUGAGAUCCGAAUCUGAAGAAGUUUUACUGAGAUAUCAACCAUCAACAGCUGUCAUCAAAGAAGAAGAUGAAGAAUCCACUACCCAAGAAUCACAAGAAGAAGGGGAUGAUGAUCCAGUUAUAGAAUCCAUACCAUUAUUCCUAAACACCGUCCCCAGCAGACAGAAAAAUUCCUUACACGUUUUACAAUUUCCCGGCAGACCCAAAACUCGAACAUUACAACAAGGUUCCUAUCAUGCCUCGAUAAAACCCCAAUCCCAAUAUCUUGAAAUAAAAGUCCCUUUGGACACUUCUAAAUUCUUCGAUGUUAACAAAGUAGAAGAAUGGGGCAAUGAGAUUGGAGAACAAGGAAUCCAAGGUGUGUUGGAUAAAUCAGAUGGUGGAUGUUAUGCAGCAAAAAUAGUCAAUGAUGACAACCAAAGAAAAAUCGUGCUUAUUCCAAUAGAUAGUACUGCUCAAUUAAGAACCUCGUUUCAAUAUAUAGAUGCCAUUGAUAAUAAUGCGCAAUUACAGAGGAAACAAGAAGCGGCGGCUGCUGCUGCCGCAGCUUCAGGACAAGAGAAUGCCAAACCGGCAAAUGUCCAGAUUUUACAAACUGCGGCUAAGAUUGGUAAUAAUGAUGGGUUUUCUCAUUCAUUGGGAGAAUCACUUAGACAUGUUAAGAAGUUUGACGAAGAGAAUUGGGAUAAUUUGGUAUGGAAGAAUGAUGAAGAUGGGGUGACUAAGGAAUUGAAAAAGGAGUUGAUUAAUGGUGCGGAUGGAAUUGAAUUGACAACAGAAACGAAGUUUGAUGAUUAUAUUCAAGAUUUAAUUGGUAUAUAA